GGCAGUGAAUAACACUCUAACCUCUUAAAUAAAUAUAAUUAUUUUGUUGUGCGACUAUAAUGUGUAGUGUCUGAAUUGUCAUGUGAUAAUAAAAUGCUGUAAACACUGUGACAAUCAGAUUUAAUCACUUGUGUCGAUACCAUCUAACAGUGUUGGUUAGCAACGGCCGCUUCAAGAAGCGUAAUAACGGCUAUUAAGAAGGUUUAUUUUUCAAUGUGUGAUAACGACCGCUGUUUGAUAAAUGAUUAACGGUCGUUAACUGAUAAGCCCCGUAUAUAAACGAUCGUUGAGGUAAUUUACGAGUCGUUAUUACAACUACAAUCCGUUAGUGAAUUCUAUUCAUAUAUUUUCUUAAUUUUAAAUCAUGGAAGAAUAUUUGACUAAUUUGACUGAGACCUUAUUGCGGCACGAUGAUCAUGACCAUGAUCAUGACCAUGACCAUGACCACGAAGAUGACGGUGAUGUGAUGCUGGCUAAAGGGGUCGCUAUGAUAAGCCUUUUUACUUUAUCUAUGAUCUGUGGAAUAAUACCUAUGAAACUUAAUAGCUGCUUAAAGUCUAAACAAAAUGAUAGCAAAGGCAAAAGAUGCUCCAAGCAGCAUCAUGAAGACAGUUUAGAGCGAAGCGCGCCAGAUGUAGAACAAAGAAAAAUACAGGAGCCGACUACAUUCAAGAAACCACGGAUUGUUCAACUACUAUUAAAUUUUGGAGGUGGCGUCUUGAUGGCAACAACAUUUCUUCAUUUACUACCAGAGGUUAAAGAAAAUGUUGAAGCUCUUUCUGAAAAUGGGCACAUUCCGGAAUUACCAUUCCAAUUGGCUGAAUUACUUAUGUGUUUUGGCUUUUUUAUAAUGUUUUUGAUUGAUGAAUCAGUGCACGUGUAUAUACACCGUCGCGAACGUAUAAAUGCCGCUAUGCAUCGAGCAGGUGAAGAUGAGAAACUUGAAGAUAUAUUUAAUCGCAAUUUAAGCUUUCGUAAACGCGGAAAAGAUAACUCAUUCUGUCAACAGAGUACAUGCACAAACAUUGAUCAAAAUCUCAAUGACAAUUGCGGCGAGAUUUGCGUUAUUUCUGGUAAAAAUGACGUAAAGGCACCGCCUAAGCAUAUUGACAAAGAGGAUGCUUUGGUUAAGAAUGUAAGAGGAUUACUUAUUGUUUUAGCAUUAAGCGUUCACGAGCUAUUUGAAGGAUUGGCCGUUGGCUUAUCAAGUUCUACUUCUAACGUAUAUUACUUAUUUGGAGCAGUCAGCGCACAUAAAUUAGUAAUCGCCUUUUGCAUAGGAAUCGAACUUGUGAGUUCGAAUUUAAAAACUAAACUAGUAAUAGCUUACAUUUUCACCUUCGCCGUAGUAAGUCCUCUAGGCAUAGGAUUGGGGCUGGUGGUAAGCAGCAGCGCAGCGCAAGGAUUGCCCACGACCAUAUUACAAGGUAUGGCUUGCGGUACACUGUUAUAUGUAGUUUUCUUCGAAAUUCUUCUACCAAGCGUGCAAGGAAAACAUGAACAUUCACAUUUUGGGGAUGCUACUCAUAACCAUCAUCAAACGCCUGCUUAUGAUUAUUAUACAUCACCCCCACCAAAUUAUUCUAGUAGUGACAACCUAGAUUCUGCAGAAUCAUCACAAUCUCACGAAACUUCAGAGGGAAAUAAUGAGAUAUACCGGAGGUAUGAGGAAAAUAUCACAAAUCAAGGCGAUAAGAAAGAAGAGAUGAAAGGAAGAGUUUUUGCAUCAGCUCGAGUUCAUACAGAAAAUGAACACAAACAUCAUGAUCACGAUAUGAGCGCAUGGAGCGAUUUCAGCGGAUUACUGCAGUAUAUUGCAGUUUUGAUUGGAUUUUUGAUCAUGUUUGGAUUGCAAUUCGCAACUGGCCAUCAACAUUCACAUGGGGACGGUGGACAUGAACACAGUCAUACGCACAACGGACAUGAACAUGAGCACUGAUUGGCGAAGAAGGAAAACUAGGAAGGUUGAGACUUAAUCAGCUGUGUGAUGAGGACGGAGGACGGUAU